AUGGAUUAACCAUUAAAUUGCAAAGUAGAAAAAACUAAUGAUUACGUUAAUUAAGGUUGCAAUUUAAAUGAUGUCCUUGAUUAAUUGGAUGAUAAAUAUAAAUCGUUAUAUCAAGAAGAAAUUUAAGAGAAUUAAGAAACUAAUUUUGAAACUAAUACACAAAAAACAGAUAAUAUAGAAGAAAAUAACCAAUAAAAUCAUGAAUUAAUUGAAAAUAAUAACUAGCAAAAUAUUAAUUAAGAUCAUGAAUUAAUUAAAAAUGAUAACUAGCAAAAGAUCAAAUUAGUUUAUGAAUAAAUUGAAAAUAAUAAAUAGCAAAAUAUUAAAUAAGAUAUAGAAAACCAAGAAGAAUAACAUUCAAGUCAAAUAUCAAGGUCUUUUUCCGAAUUAUCAUAAUCUAUAUAGAAUUAUGAUUCAAGUUUAAUAUAAGAUGAAUCAAGGUAAAUGGAAACAUACCAAAUUAUUAAAAAUGAUUUUAAAAAAUUAAUGGAAUUUUUCUUAUCAAUUAAAAAAAACGAUACGAAGGUUUGUCAAUGGAGGACUGAUUUCUCAAAUAUUGAUUUAUCUUUUGAAAAUUCAAAAGAAAUUUAAAAUUAUUUAAUAUUAGCCUCUAAAAAUGAUAGUGACGAUAUAAUCUAUAUUUAAAUGAGCAUAUUAGUGAAUUAAUCGAAUUCACUUGUUAUAUAAGGUAUUUAAUUUAUUUAAAAAAGACUAAACAUUUACUAUAAAUAAUAUAUGCUUAAAUCAAAAUUUUUAAUUGAAAAUAGGAUCUUUUGUUUAUUUAAGUUAAGUGUCAUAGAUUAUUUAUGAAAUUAAAUAAUUGAAACUUACAAAAAAAAUAACUCAAAUUCAGAGUAUAAUUGAAAAUGCAAUCAAACGAUUUCAUAUAAUAGUUAAUUAAUUCAUUUUCCCAUUAAAAUACAAAAUGUAAUUUUGUAAUACUAAUUUUAAUGAUUAAUAUUUUAGAAUAUCUUAGUAUUCGAAAAAAUAAUCUAAUUAAGAAAAUUUUACUAAUUCAAUAAUAUUAGCAAGAGAGGAUAAUGACAAUUCAUAAGGUUAGAUCAACCCUGAAUUAGAUAAUGAAUUUGAAAAAGAAUUUUCUAAAAAAUCAUAAUAAAUUAAUUAAUAGUUUUAAAGUUCUGUAUAAGAUUUAGGUAAUUGUUAUUAAAUGUGUUCUUUGGAUAAAAAAUCUAAAAAAAAAAAAAAUUAAGUAGAAAAAUUAGUCUAUGAAAUUAAUAACAAAAUUUCUGGAUUAAAUGAAACAAAUUUGGUAGAUUAAGGUGGAUUUCAUAAAAUUUAUAAAGUUAGUUUAAACAUUGAAAAUAAUAAAACAUUAGAAUUAGCUGUUAAAAAUUAAUCAAGUAAUAAAUUAAGAAAGGAAAUCGAAUUUAUAAAUAGAUUUUUAUCAAAAAGUUAUUCAAAAUAUAUUGCUUAGAUUUACAUAAAAGAAAAUAUUUAUAAUUAUUACUUAUUAAAGUAUUAUCAUUUCAAAAGUUUAAGAGAUUAUAUAAAAAAAUAUUAAUUUGUCAUUUCAUUAAGAAGAAAAUUGUAAAUAUUAACAUAGAUAGCUGAAGGUAUUUUACAUUUACAUUAGCAGAAUAUUUUACAUUUAGACAUAAAGGCAGAUAAUAUUUUGGUAUUAAUUAUAAUAUAAUGUUAAGAUAAGUAAAAAUGGUAAUGCUAAAAUUUGUGAUUUUGGUGAAGCUUAUCAUCCUAAUUAUCAAUUACAAAGAGAUUGCAUCAAAUUCUCGGUACCCUAUGGUGCACCAGAACUUCUAAAACAUAAAACUUAAUUUUUAUCAGAAAAAGCAGAUGUGUAUUCUUUUGGUACUCUAGCCUAUGAAUUAAUAUUUGGAAAACUACCAAUAGUAAAAUAAUUAUUUAAAUAAUAAGCCUAUUCUAAAUAAAGAAAAAUACUUAUCAUUUUUUAAAGACUUUGAUCUUAGAUUAGAUGAUUCAAAAGGUUUAAAUGCCCACAAUGGUCCUAGAUUAAUAUUAUUAAAUUUGAAUAUCUUAAUUUUUAAAUGUAUUAUAAUUAAUAAAUUAGGUCUUUUACCUCAAAAAGAAGAAAGACCUAAUUUAGAGUCAAUAUCUCACUUUUUAAAAUGCUUAAAAAAGUAAUCCUUUAAUUUAUAAAAAAAAUGA